UCAUGCAGUUGAUCGACUUCCUGUAAAGGGAUAGGCGGUUCUCAGAAAAGAAGGUGCCGCAUCGGUCUUGGCAUAAAACAAAGGUACCAGUUAAAUUAAAAGGAAUAAUGGAUGGGGAAGAAAAGGCUUAUGGAGGCUGUGAAGGCCCAGAUGCUAUGUAUGUAAAGCUGAUUUCCUCAGAUGGCCAUGAAUUCAUCGUGAAGAGAGAGCAUGCUUUGACUUCUGGAACCAUCAAAGCCAUGUUGAGUGGCCCUGGUCAGUUUGCUGAAAAUGAAACAAAUGAAGUAAAUUUCAGGGAGAUCCCGUCUCAUGUCCUUUCCAAAGUGUGCAUGUACUUUACCUACAAGGUUCGCUACACCAACAGCUCCACAGAGAUCCCCGAAUUCCCCAUCGCACCUGAGAUCGCACUGGAACUGCUGAUGGCUGCUAACUUCUUAGAUUGUUAAAUUACUUAAUAAAUUAUAUUGAAAACAUG